AUGGCGUCGUACUCUGACCCUCGGGACUCGGUGUUGAACAAGCCCAAGCCCGUCAUCCACCUCGACAAGACCCUGCUGGAUCGCAUUACCAAAGGAGUAGAGCCAUACCCUAUCCAGGAGGGCCGGAAGUACGAGUAUGGCACUGCAGGAAGACGGAAGCACAGCCCAUUACUCGAUCAUGUCAUCUACACUGUUGGUCUCAUUGCUGCGCUCCGUUCCAAGAAGCGCAAUGCAACCAUUGGGAUCAUGAUCACAGCCAGUCACAACCCCGCUGAAGACAACGGAGUCAAAUUGGUGGACCCCAUGGGUGACAUGCUGGAGCAAUCGUGGGAGGGGUACGCCACGACUCUCGCCAAUACUCCCAAUGACAAGCUCGCGAAGGAGUAUGAGAAUCUCUUGAAUGAGACUUUGAUCAGCAAUAUCAGCCAGCUCCAUGAGAGACAAGCCAAGGUGGUGUUUGCUCGGGACACCCGUGCUUCCGGGCCAUAUCUGGUUACUGCCCUGAAGGCCGCUUUGGACGCCGUCAACGUCGAAUACACCGACUAUGGCAUCAUGACUACUCCUCAGCUGCACUAUAUCGUACGAUGCAUCAACACUCUGAAUUCACCAUACGCCUUUGGCGAACCGACUGAGCAGGGGUACUAUGAAAAGAUGGCGAAAGCAUUCAAAACACUCAUGCAUGGUCGCACCAUUCAAGGCCCUAUCACCGUCGACUGCGCCAACGGUGUGGGAGGUCCGAAGCUGAGAGAAUUGAUCAAAUACCUGCCUACCGCCAAAGAAGGUGGAAUCGACAUCAAGGUCGUGAAUGAUGAUGUGGUAAAGCCAGAAGCGCUCAAUUUCGAGUGCGGCGCCGACUACGUCAAAACCAAGCAACGAGCUCCGCCCAGCUCCAACGCUCAACCUGGCGACCGUUGCUGCUCCCUUGACGGCGACGCAGAUCGGGUGGUCUACUACUACACUGACGAACAGAAAACCUUCCACCUGCUGGACGGCGAUCGUAUCGCAACACUUGGUGCCGUCUUCCUUGCAGAUAUGACUCGUGUCGCUGGGAUUGAUCAGAAGCUGAAAAUUGGAAUUGUUCAAACCGCCUACGCCAAUGGGGCUGCCACCGAGUAUGUCGAGAAAGUGCUCAAACUGCCUGUCACAAUCACGCCUACUGGUGUGAAGCAUCUUCACCACGCUGCCGCUAGAUACGACAUCGGCGUGUACUUUGAAGCGAAUGGCCACGGAACCGUUCUCUUCUCAGACAAUGCGAUCAAGCUCAUCCGAGAAUCAGAGCCCAAAUCGCCUGGGCAGAAGCACGCCUUGGAUUCUCUCCGAGCCUGCAUCGACCUGAUCAACCAAGCAGUGGGCGAUGCGAUAUCAGACAUGUUGUUUGCUGAAAUUGUGCUUGCUCACAAGUGUUGGACACUCGAAAAUUGGCGAAAUACCUACAUCGACCUGCCGAACCGUCUGGUCCGUGUUGUUGUCAAUGAUCGGUCCAUUUUCAAGGCCGUCGAUGCAGAGAGGAAGCUGGAGUCUCCCAAGGGUGCCCAGGAGGAGAUCGACAAGUAUUGCCAGAUGUACAUCAAAGGCCGCGCCUUCGCUCGUGCGUCUGGGACGGAGGAUGCUGUUCGUGUCUAUGCCGAAGCAUAUUCGAAGUCCGAGGCGGAGAAGCUCGCUAGCCAGGUCGCAGAGGUUGUGAGGAGGUAUGGUACCUCGUGA